GGCUGAAUAAGGGUUUCGCCUUUGUGACAUAUAAAUCCAUGAGCGACGUGGCUAAGGUGCUGCAGUCGGAGGUGACGAUUGACGGCCGCCCUCUUAGCAUUAAGUUGGCCUCACAGCAGGACCAGGGAGCAGCAAUGAAGCGUGCCUUCUUAGGACCCAACCAGGGAUGCCGCCUCUUCGUGCGCAAUGUACCCGACACCUGCGACGAGCGCCGCCUUAAGCAGGAGUUCGAGGGCUUCGGUACAGUGCGGGAGGCCGCGAUAGUCCGCAACAGAGAUGGAUCUUCUAAGGGAUACGGUUUUGUUGUAUUUGAAGACCCCGAGGCCCUCAUGAAGGCAGCAAACCAGGCACAGAGAGUCAUUGAUGGACAAGUUACCUUUGUGUCGGUUGCGUCAGAGUCCAGAAAGCAGCAGCAGCUCGGCGGAUCGAUCCUGCCACCACAGCACCUGCAGCAGCUGCCUUUGGGAGGUGCCCAAUACCAACAGCAACUUCAGCAGCAGCUGCAGCAGCAGUUGCUGCAACAGGCUGCUGCCUCACAGUGGCCCAUCACUUCUUCCACAACAGCUUCGGGAACGCGAGCAGAGGUGUCCAGUCCCUACGGAACUCAAGCUACCGUCAACUCCGCUGCUGCUGCCGCUGCUGCUGCUGCUGCACUUCCGUCGACAACGGCUGCAGCAGCAGCAGCAACCAACCCUUACAUGCAGCAGAUCACUGCUGCCCUGAUGCCGCAGCUCUAUAUGCACCACUACCAGCAGCAAUACCUGGCUAGCUCUCAGGCUAACGCAGCUGCCGCAGGGGUCACGGGUGUUUCUGCUACCAGCACAACACAACAGCAGAAAUAUUCCAUGCAGCAGCAGUAA